AUGGGUGAUUUCAAUGAAGAACGAGUUAGCAAUAAUUACUUUGCAGAACAAAUUGAGGACAAGUGGAUUGUAGCUGCUGAAAAGUUAGAAAUCUUCAAGGACCCAAUUGAACUUGUUCGGGAGGACUUGGUAGGAAAACAGUUCUUGACAUUUGAAGAUGCAGAGUUCUUUAUCCACCAAUACUCAAACAUGAUCGGUUUCAGUCUAAGGAAAGGAAAAGUUAAAAGACAAUUUGGGGGUGCUAUAAAAUAUCGCCAGUGGGUGUGCUCUAAGGAAGGACAUCGUGAAUUGAAAUGGAUUAAAAACUUGAACCGCAAAAGAGAGUUGAGGGCUAUUACUAGGGUAGGUUGCAAGUUUCUAUUUAGAGUUUCCUUGAACAAGCAGGACGGGAAAUGGUAUUGCAAGGAAUUUCGUUCAACACACUCCCACCCCUUGGUCAUUGUCGGGCAUCAAAAAUUCAUUCGCUCGAACCGAAUAAUACCGGAUGGGAUGUUAAUGGAUGCCACUUAUAUGAAGAGUGCAGAGAUAAAAACAUGCCAAAUUUACUCUUAUAUGGCAGAAUUAGUUGGGGUUUAUGGGAAACUGUCUUUCCCACCUAAGGAUUUGUAUAAUCGAGUUGCAAAGAAUGAAUCAGCGCACUUAAAAAAUGCUGAUGCAGCAAGGGCUAUCGGCUAUUUCCAACAUAAGGCAGAUCAUGAUGUAGAUUUAGCUAUGAUGGCAAUAACCGCCUAUUGA